UGUAGCUUAAAUGGAAGAUUUUAUAGGGCUUUGAACAUACUAUAUUGCUAUGCCUGUGUAACUCAUCAAAAGUCAAAGUGACCAGCAGUCAUAUGUAUUUGACAGCUAAAAUAUUUUUCAAAUUAACUUGGACCGAAUUUUUAGCAAAAAAUAAAAAAGAUAAAGCCUUAAAUCCUCAUUGGAACAAUAGAUAGCAAAGAUAACAACAAUAAUUUUUUUUUCACAAGAUAUGGCAGAAAAAAAAGGUGUAUAUCCUUAUGGAGAUUAUCCGUUCGCACCAUCCGCCCCACCUCCAUCAACUUCUCAUAAAGAAACGCCCUCGUAUAUUCCAGAUAGGCCUCCUCCACCAUCUUACGAAGAAAGUCAGAAACAGUAUUCUAAUGCACAACACAGUAAUGUACCUUCAGCACCAUUUGGAUCACCAGCACACAUGCCUACUUCAUCUGGUACAAGUAUCGGAUAUCCACAAAUGAAUCAAGGGUACGGUCACAUCCCAGUUGCUCAAAGUCAAUAUCCUUCAAUUAUUCCUAGACCUGUGCAUCAGAAUAUUCAACAGCAACAGUCAGCAAAUAAGUCAAUUCAUGUUGUUCAAUACGCUGCCGGUACCAGAUUUUCAGGCAAAGGUGGAGGAUCCGUUUCAGUUCCACCACCACCUCCUGGUAUAGCUCCCACACCAGCACAAUUGGCUGCACUCCAAGGACAACCGGUAAUAUUACAAAAAAAAAAAAAAAUCAUUUUUUUAAAUUGCAUCUAGUUUAACAACUAACAGGUUGUUGAAGAAACAUUAGAAAUUAAUUUGAAACAAGACUAUUAAGGAAACAUAUAAAGAGAUCUUCACUGUACAUAUAAGCUGCUCUUAUCAUUAGUUUUUUGCUUUAAAGAUAGAAUGUUAACAUUCUAUUGUAUAAAAUUCGUAAAAAUUUUCUACACACUAUAUUUUUACUGAUAAUUACAUGUAAAUAAUACAUAA